AUGCAUGCUCGAGCCCAAGCACAGAUCCAGGCUGCCCAAGUACAAGUAGAGGAGCAAGCUAGAGUCGCUUCUGAACAAAUUGAUUUGCCUGACAUCGCCACCGAGUAUUCAGACUCGGAUGAUGAGGACCGCGUUCGCAAUUACACCAUCCCCCACUGGGCGAACUCACCCGAACUGCGCAACCAACUUCAGGCGCAGAGUAAUAUCAAUCCAGACUCCAUUUUUGGAGCAAUUCGGCCUCUGCAUAUGGACGAAAUCUUCCGCAGCAGGCAAAGUCGGUUCAGGGCCCGCACCAGUUCAGCAAACUGGAUCGGACAAGACAGGCUUACCCCUCAAGAGGAAAUGGACUACGCAAGGCGAAUGGGCUUCUUGUAG